AUGAAAAACUAUUGGAAUGAAAUUGGUGAUUAAGGUGGAUCAGGCUUAGGUUCUGCUUUAGCGAAUUGCAUUAAUCUCUCAAAUUUGACACUUGACCUUCGUGACAAUUAAAUUGGUGCAAUAGGUGCAUCAGGCUUAGGUUCUGCUUUAGUAAAUUGCAUUAAUCUCUCAAAUUUGAAACUUGACCUUAUUGACAAUUAAAUUGGUGCAAUGGGUGCAUCAAGCUUAGGUUCUGCUUUAGCAAAUUGCAUUAAUCUCUCAAAUUUGACACUUGACCUUAGUGGCAAUUAAAUUGGUGAAAUAGGUGCAUCAGGCUUAGGUUCUGCUUUAGCAAAUUGCAUUAAUCUCUCAAAUUUGAAACUUGGCCUUCGUGGCAAUUAAAUUGGUGAAAUGGGUGCAUCAGGCUUAGGUUCUGCUUUAGCAAAUUGCAUUAAUCUCUCAAAUUUGAAACUUGGCCUUUGUGGCAAUUAAAUUGGUGAAAUGGGUGCAUCAGGCUUAGGUUCUGCUUUAGCAAAUUGCAUUAAUCUCCCAAAUUUGACACUUGACCUUCGUGACAAUUAAAUUGGUGCAAUGGGUGCAUCAGGCUUAGGUUCUGCUUUAGCAAAUUGCAUUAAUCUCUCAAAUUUGACACUUGACCUUAGUUGGAAUGAAAUUGGUGAUUAAGGUGGAUCAGGCUUAGGUUCUGCUUUAGCAAAUUAUAUUAAUCUCUCAAAUUUGAAACUUAACCUUAGUAGCAAUUAAAUUGGUGAAAUGGGUGCAUCAGGCUUAGGUUCUGCUUUAGCAAAUUGCAUUAAUCUCUCAAAUUUGAAACUUGGCCUUUGUUCAAAUAAAAUUGGUGCAAUGGGUGCAUAAGGCUUAGGUUCUGCUUUAGCAAAUUGCAUUAAUCUCUCAAAUUUGAAACUUAGCCUUCGUGGUAAUUAAAUUGGUGAUGAAGGUGCAUCAGGCUUAGGUUCUGCUUUAGCAAAUUGCAUUAAUCUCUCAAAUUUGAAACUUGUCCUUCGUGACAAUUAAAUUGGUGCAAUGGGUGCAUCAGGCUUAGGUUCUGCUUUAGCAAAUUGCAUUAAUCUCUCAAAUUUGACACUUGACCUUAGUUGGAAUGAAAUUGGUGAUUAAGGUGGAUCAGGCUUAGGUUCUGCUUUAGCAAAUUGCAUUAAUCUCUCAAAUUUGAAACUUGACCUUAGUUACAAUUAAAUUGAUGAUAAAGGUGCAUCAGGCUUAGGUUAUGCUUUAGCAAAUUGCAUUAAUCUCUCAAAUUUGACACUUUACCUUAGUGGCAAUAAAAUUGGUGAUGAAGGUGUAUCAGGCUUAGGUCCUGCUUUAGCAAAUUGCAUUAAUCUCUCAAAUUUGAAACUUGGCCUUAGUGACAAUUAAAUUGGUGCAAUGGGUGCAUCAAGCUUAGGUUCUGCUUUAGAAAAUUGCAUUAAUCUCUCAAAUUUGAAACUUAACCUUAGUUACAAUUAAAUUGAUGCAAUGGGUGCAUCAGGCUUAGGUUCUGCUUUAGCAAAUUGCAUUAAUCUCUCAAAUUUGACACUUGACCUUAGGUAAAAACAGUUUAUUUGUUUUGGAUUGUGA